AUGGAUGUGGGCGAUGAAGUGAGUGCUAAUGAGCUUCUCCAAGCUCAUGGGCUCAUAUGGAAUUGUUCAUUAAAUUUCAUAAAGCCCAUGUCACUAAAAUGUGCCGUUGAAUUAGGCAUCCCGGAUAUCAUCAACAACCAUGGCCAACCCAUUACACUUUCAAAGCUUAUUUCUUCCCUUCCCAUCCAUUCUUCAAAAGCUCAUUGCAUUUACCGCCUUAUGCGAAUCCUUGUUCACUCCGGCUUCUUUGCAACUCAAAAGGUUGACAAUAAGAUUGACGAAGGAGAAGAAGAGGAAGAAGAAGAAGCAUACUCUCUCACAAUUGCUUCUCGGCUUCUCCUUAAAGAUGGCCCUUGGAGGGCUACACCAUUUUUCCUUGUCCAACUCGAACCACACUUAAUGACACCAUGGCAUUUUGUCAGCACUUGGCUGCAAAAUAGCGACCCGACACCGUUUGAGAUGGUGCAUGGGAAGACAUUUUGGGAUGGUGUUGGUGAUGAACCAAGGCUCAAGUACUUGUUUACUGAGGCCAUGGCUACUGAUUCCCAGCUAAUGGUCAAGGUCAUUGUAGAAGAGUGUAAACAAGUUUUUGAGGGGUUGACAUCCUUGGUAGAUGUAGGAGGUGGCACAGGAAUCGUGGCCAAGGCUAUAGCCAAAACUUUCCCAAACAUCAUGUGCACUGUGUUGGAUCUCCCUUAUGUUGUCGCGAACUCGCAAGGAGCAAAGAACUUGAAUUUUAUUGCAGGAGAUAUGUUCAAGGAAAUACCUCCUGCAAAUGCAAUUCUACUGAAGUGGAUUCUACAUGACUGGAGCGACGAAGAGGCUGUGAUGAUACUAAAGCGAUGUCGAGAAGCAAUUUGGAGCAAAGAAAAAGGAGAGAAAGUAAUAAUCAUAGACAUGGUGAUUGAGAACCCAAAAAUGGAUAAAAAAUCAGCUGAAACACAACUCUACUUUGACAUGUUGAUGAUGGUCAACCUCACCGGUAGAGAGCGUAAUCAAAAGGAGUGGGAAAGUCUUUUCGUGGCUGCCGGGUUUAGUCACUAUAAAAUAACUCCAAUAGUGGGACUUAGGUCUCUUAUGGAGGUUUACCCUUGA